UUGUGCAGUCAGGAGUGGUAGGAGGGAGUCACAUCUGUUUCAGACUGAGUGACACAUCAGCACAGAGAAGAUCUCCGUGGAACAGACAGUGGAAGACGUGAAGAAGAAGGAAUGAGCCGGACACCUGAGAUUAGAAUGAAGAAAGACGUGACCGCAGAGGUCAUGUGAUCAACCAGAAGAGGGACAUAAGGGGCUCUCACCCUCCAACCCCGCUCUGUGUGAGGAACACAAGAGCCAGAGUUCACCUGAGAGGACUGGACAAGAACAAGAAGAUCCUCCUUCACCAAGUGUUGCAUCUAUAAAAGGAAACAUGCCUGUCCUAUCUGAAAGGACUGAGGAGCUCAGAAGAGACUCUCCUACACCAGGUGUGUCCAUGAGUAGUGAAAUGUCCAUGGGACAGCCCGCUGUUUCCAAAAGGUCCAAACAGAAAGGAAAACUUUCUCCUACACCCAGUAUUGUGUCUUUAAAGACUGACAUGUCCAUGGGACACCCUAUUGUCUUCAAACAGAAAGAAUCAGAAUCAGAGGCUGAGCAGGAGAAAGAGGAUUCUCCUGCACUGAGCAGUGUGUCCAUGAAGAGCAACAUGUCCAUGGGUCAUCCGAUUGUUUUUGGACGGAAAAAAUCAAUUUCAAAAGCUCAUGAAGAGUCAACAGAUGUUUCCAGUGGCAGUGAAAAAGACAUGAGCUCCAUAUUUAAGGUUCUCAAGGAAAACAUCACUGAUUUUGUUGAUGAUGAGCUGAAGAAGUUUGAAAACCUUCUGAGUUCAGGUUACCAAGAAUGCUCAGAGGGACAAUGUAAAGAAGAUGGGAUGGCUGAUGAGCAGAGCUGGAACCGUAGAGAGGCCUUUCUGAAACUCACACUGGACUUCAUGAAGAAAAUGAAGCAUGAAGAUCUGGCUAUCUCUCUGCGGAACAGAACUCUUGCUCCAGUAUGCCGCUGUAAACUGAAAUCCAACCUGAAACAGAAAUAUGACUAUGUGCUUGAGGGUAUUUCUACAGCAGGACAUCCAUCUCUUCUGAAUCAGAUGUAUACAGAGCUCCACAUCACUGAAGGAGGGAUGUCAGAGAUCAAUUAUGAACAUGAAGUCAGACAGAUUGAAACAGUGUCCGGGAAACAAGACAGGCAAGAAACAACAAUCCGAUAUGAAGACCUCUUCAAGGUCUUACCUGGAACUGAUAAACCAGUCAGGACUAUGAUGACUAAAGGUGUAGCUGGCAUUGGGAAAACAGUCUUAACUCAGAAGUUCACUCUGGACUGGGCUGAAGGUAAAGCCAACCAAGAGAUGCAGUUUACCUUCCCAUUCACUUUCAGAGAGCUGAACGUGCUGAAAGAUAAAAAGUUCAGUCUGGUGGAGCUGGUUCAACACUUCUUCAAUGAAACCAAAGAAUCAGGAAUCUGCAGGUUUGAAGAGUUCCAGGUUCUGUUUAUUUUUGACGGGCUGGAUGAGUGCCGACUUCCUCUGGACUUCAGCAACAAUGAGAUCCUGACUGAUGUCACAAAGUCCGCCUCGGUUGACGUCCUGCUGACUAGCCUCAUCAAGAGGAAGCUUCUUCCCUCUGCCCACAUCUGGAUAACCACACGGCCUGCAGCAGCCAACCAGAUUCCGUCUGAGUGCGUGGACAUGGUGACUGAAGUCAGAGGGUUCACAGACGAACAAAAGGACGAAUACUUCCGGAAGAGAUUCAGAGAUGAGGAACAGGCCAGCAAAAUCAUCGCCCACAUCAAGUCAUCUCAUAGCCUUCACAUCAUGUGCCACAUCCCAGUCUUCUGCUGGAUCACUGCUACAGUUCUGGAGGAUCUGCUGAAGACCAGAGAAGGGGGAAAUCUCCCCAACACUUUCACUGAGUUGUACAUCAACUUCCUGGUGGUUCAGUCCAAAAUGAAGAAUGUGAAGUAUGAUGGAGGAGCGGAGGCAGAUCCUCUCUGGAGCUCAGAGAGUAAGAAGAUGAUCGAGUCUCUGGGAAAGCUUGCUUUUGAGCAGCUGCUGAAAGGAAACCUAAUCUUCUAUGAUACAGACCUUGAAGAGUGUGGCCUUGACAUCCGAGCAGCCUCGGUUUACUCAGGAGUCUUCACACAGGUCUUUAAAGAGGAGAGAGGACUGUACCAAGACACUGUGUUCUGCUUUGUCCAUCUGAGUGUUCAGGAGUUCCUGGCUGCUCUUCAUGUCCAUCUGACGUUCUUCAACUCUGGAGUCAAUCUGUUGUCGAAAGAACAAUCAGCAUCUCUGUGGUCCAAACUGUUCGGACUCAGAUCUGAACUCUUCUACAAGACUGCCGUGGACAAGGCCAUGCAGAGUCCAAAUGGACACCUGGAUUUGUUCCUCCGCUUCCUUCUAGGUCUUUCUGUAAAAACAAAUCAGUCUCUCCUAAAAGGCCUGGUGACAGAGACCGGGGACAGUUCUCAAAGCAUUCAGAAAACAGCCCAGUACAUCAAGAAGAAGAUCAGUGAAAAUCAGUCUCCAGAGAGAAGCAUAAACCUGUUUCACUGUCUGAAUGAAGUGAAAGACUCUUCUCUGGUGGAGGAGAUCCAACAGGCUUUGAGCUCAGGGAGUCUGUCCGCAGAUAAACUGUCUCCUGCUCAGUGGUCAGCUCUCGUCUUCAUUUUACUGUCAUCAGAAGAAGAUCUGGAUGUGUUUGACCUGAAGAAAUACUCUGCUUCAGAGGAAGCUCUUUUGUGGCUGAUGCCUGUUGUCAAAGCCUCCACCAAAGCUCUGCUGAAUGGCUGCAAUCUCUCACAGAGAAGCUGUGAAGUUCUGUCUUCAGUUCUCAAUUCCCCUUCCUGUCAUCUGAGAGAGCUGGAUCUGAGUAACAAUGACUUGCAAGACUCAGGAGUGAAGUUGCUCUGCAAGGGACUGGAAAGUCCUCACUGUGCAUUGGAAGUUCUCAGGCUGUCAGGCUGCCUGAUCACAAAGGAGGGCUGUGCGACUCUGGCCUCUGCUCUGAAAUCCAAGACCGCUGGUCUGAAGUCCAAGACCUCUGGUUUGAGAGAGCUGGACCUGAGCUACAAUGAUCCAGGAAACCCUGGAGUGAAACUGCUUUCCACCAGCCUGCUGAAACCAAAAACAUUAAGGGUGGAUCCUGGAGGAUUGCAGUUUAUGAAACCUGGUGUAAGAAAGUAUGCUUAUGAACUCAUACUGGACUUAAACACGGCAAACCCGAAGCUCGUUGCGUCAGAGAACAACAGGAAGCUGGGCGCAGUCAAAGAGAAGCAGUCGUAUUCUGAAGAGCCACAGAGGUUUUCUUACUGGAAGCAGCUGCUGUGUAAAAACCGCCUGAUUGGUCGCUGCUACUGGGAGGUCGAGUGGACGGGACAUGUUUAUAUCGCAGUGACUUACGAAGGAAUCAAAAGGAAGGGAGAGGGUGACGACAGCUGUCUGGGAAGGAACGACCAGUCCUGGAGUCUGAGCUGCUCUGAGGAAGGUUACUCGGUGCUGCACAGCAACGUAAGGACCACCAUUCCCACCCCCACCUCAAACAGAGUAGGAGUGUACCUGGACUAUCAUGCUGGCACGCUGUCCUUCUUCAAGGUCUCAUCUGAUAAACUGACCCACCUUCACACCUUUCUCGCCAACUUCCGCGAGCCAGUCCAUCCUGCCUUCAGGAUCAAGAUGGACCCGUUUAACUCAUCAGUGUUUUUGUGUCAGAUUUAGUUUAACUUUGGGCCAAGGCUUGGCCUGUUUUCCUACUUUUUAAAUGGUGCAUGACUUGGGUGAAAGAUGUACCUAUUGCCAAUGUACUUUGUCUAUCCAGCCUGCCAUGAUCCUAAUCUUCAGUUAAAUAUUUGUGCAUUUGCUCUAAUGAUACCAAGUUUUGUAAGACAAGGGACAUGGAUUCACCAGAAACAUUUUAGGGUUUUUGGUGACUUCUGGUGUGCUAAACGAGCUAGAAUAUAAAGAAUAUAGUGGAUAAAGAAAAUUCUCUAGAGGAUGCAUUGAGAAACAUUGAUUCAUUUUUUAAAACAGAAAAAUACAAUCAAAUGAACAGAGGAAACUUGAUGAUUACUGCAGCUGAGUCAUAUAAAAGUAACUUGCAAUUUUAUUAAAAAAGACGAUACUUGCAUGUGUUAUCGGAAAAUACAUUUUUGCUGCACAUUUCUUCACACAUUCCUCCUCUGGUCCGUUCAGCGCUGCUACAGUCCCCAGAAAACGGCUGAUCUCAUGAACUGGAAAAAGAAAGAUGGAGUGGAAUAACACAAUGAACUGUUUACGUCCAUUGUUUUUACUGAUCUAUGUAAAUAAUGUAAAUGCUCCUGUGAUGAAAACAUUUUCAUGUUGUUAAUUUUCAUGUGUAUUUGUUUCAUUUUGAUUAUUCUUUUUUUUACACUUACAGUGCAUUCAGAAAGAAUUCAGUCCCCCAUCACCUUUUAAAAUUUUUUCAUGUUUCAAACUGAUGCUACAGUCAGUUAAAUGUGUUUUUAUUCUCAUUAAUCUACACUCAGUGCUCCAUCAUUCAUGCAUUUUGCACUGAGGAGAUUUUUCCAUCUAGCCUCUCCUCCAUAAAGCCCAGAUCAGUGGAGGGCUGUAGUGAUGGUCGUCCCUCUAGAACUUUGUCCCAUCUCCACACAGGAUCUCUGGAGCUCAGUCAGAGUGACCAUCAGGUUCUUGGUCUCCUCUCUUACCAAGGCUCUUUUCCCCUGAUGGCUCAGUUUCACUGGGCCACCAGCUCUCUGAAGAGUCCUGAUUGGUCCAAACUUCCAGACUUCUGGAGGCUACUGUGCUCUUGGGAACCUUCAGUGUAUUUUUAAUACAUUUGCAACAUUUUUAAAUUCUGUUUUCACUUUGUCAUGAUGGGGUACUGAGUGUAGAUUCAUUUGAAUAAAAAUAGAUUUAAUUGACUAUAGCAUCAGGCUGCAACAUUACAUUAAAAAGGGGAAAGGGGUCUGAAUAAGCCUCCAGAGGCUGCACAUACAGAGGUAUAUUAGGGCCACUCUAAGAAAAAAUAUUUAAUAAGAAAAUAAAAUCUUGAAUUUUUCUUUACUUUUUAAGUCAUAAAUUUACAAGAAACCAAACUCUGAUUUUAAAAAGUAAUAGAAAUUCAUGAAAAAUAAAAUACUGAAAUGUCCUACUUGAGUUGGACUUUGUAAAGUGUACAAUUUCAGGUUUAUAAAGUCAAGAAUUCAUAUAAAAUUCAAAAAUUUAACAACAAAAUGAAAUGCAAAACACGGAUUCAUCCAGAGACUGUGUGCAAUUUCAUAAGGAUCUCAACUCCAGUAGUUGUGCAAGUAUUCCUCAUAAUAGGCUAUUUUUAACUUUAAAAUCUGGUAAAUUAUAAGUUAAAAAUUGGCAUGGCAUCCCCAAAAAAGAACCUACAGAAAAACCCUCUUGCGAUUGCACUGGGUGAUGCAUGAAACAGCUGUGUGUGUGAGAAAGUUAAAAUUCAAGGAGAACAGGCCUGAAGAGAAAGGGGGAGUUUCACAUAUUCAAAAACCAGGAAAACAACAAUAAUAAUAAUAAUAAUAAUAAUUACUUUAUUUAUAUAGCACUUUUAAAAACAAGGUUUUACAAAGUGUUUACAACUGUUUCUGUACGCCUUAUUUCCUUGGGGAGGUCGUUCCAAAGUCGAGGGGCCCUGAUGGAGAAGGCCCUGUCACCUUUACUUACAAGUCUCGACUUUGGAAUGACCAUGCAUUUAAAGGAAAAAAGAGAAAUGGUUAAGAAAAGAGGGAAUUAAAGAGGCCUGACUGAGUUUCUUGUGUGUAAAGAGUUAAAAAGGCUUGACGAGAAAGUUGUUUGUGUUUUAAGAGUAAAAAGUUUAAACCUGGGUGGGUUUGCCUAUUUACCUGAGAUUAUAAAAUUGUAACUGCCAACCUGAUGAGGGGGCAAGAGAGAUUUUAUCAGAGAUAAUCUGGUGUGAUUUUUCUACACUGAUUGUGUGUUGUGUCCUUCGGGAUGGGACUAAAUGCUCAUGCAAACUUUUUCUGAUGUCUGGAACCAGUAUACUCCAUAAUAAGCUUUUAAAGUCCCUGUAAAGUAAAAACUUGAGAACUAUUGUCUUAACACACUAGAUAUGUUGGAUUAAGGUUGCUCUAAACAUGUGAAAACACUGACAUCUAUGUGACUGAAUUCUGGAUUUAGACUGUGAGAAAGUUUUAACACCUCUUUCUUGGUGUGGUUUAAUUUGGGCGGGGCAAAUAUGUGAGCCGAUGACAUCACUGGUCUUGAUGGGGAGUAACUCUGCCCCCCAACAAUAAUAUAUAACCACAGAUCAGUUCAUCUCAGUCCAGUCUGUUGUUAGCUGAUUUCACUGCCCUCACUGAACGUUAACAACCGGCUACAUGCUGUGUUUCUGUUCACUGUGAGCUAAAUUUCCCAAAUCUUUCAGUGACGGUGCACUACAGGUCAUUAAAAUCAUCAUAACAGAGAGUUGUGCCAGAAAACAGUAAAUUUAACCCCCAACUUCCGUCUCUCUGCUCUGGCAGCUGCACUCUGAUAAUAAGCUUUUUUUUUUAAUCGGAGAGGAUCCUAUUUCUCCUGAGUGGGAGCGGCUUCAGCUCACUAAUCGACAUGCCCACACCAUCCUGGAGCAGAUUUUACUGUCUCGGUUUUCAUGAUUUUGAAGCUUAAUUUUAUAAACUUGAAGAUGCUUUACAUGACUCGAAUUUGGCCUAGUGGUUAAUAGCACAGUGGCCUGAAACAAGUGUGAGUGGCCUCAUACAAAAAACCCUAAAAUACAGAUUUUAUUUUAUUUUUUUUAAAUUUACAGGGACUUUAAGCUCACCACAUUCUAAGAUUAAUAACAAAUUUGUAAAAACCUUGAAACUAUUAUUUCUAUCUGUAAAGCAGGCACAAAUGAUCAACUAAAAUUCCACUUAUAAGGUGGAUUAGAGUAAUUAAAUUAACUAACUUCUAGCUCUUUUGUCAUAAAUUUAUAAAUCAGUGAACUCAGAAAUUCUGAGUUUGGUUUCUCACAAAUUUACGACUAUAUAGUUUGAAAAAUGUUGUGUUUUAAAUGAAAAUUUACAGAUGCUCCUUUUUUUUUUUUUUUUUUUUUUAGGUUGGCCCUACUAUGUAGUCAUACUACACCUUAGUUUGUAUAAAUGUAAAUGUUUUUGGUCUGCUUUUGUUUGCCGAUAUUGUCUGAUUUAGCAUUAAGAUGAAAUAUGGACACCAAAAUCUUUGAUAGUGUUUGACAGCAUGUGUUAAAAUGAUAUGAUCCCCAUUUUUGAUUAACAAAAAUUUGAAUAAAGUGGAAAAGUUUUAAAGAAGAAAAAAA